UUGGUGAUGCCCACUCUCUGGAAUCACCCAUUCCCGAAGCAGGAGAUCCUAACUGUAGCCCUAUUCAGCCGUAAAGUACGACUUCCAUAUGGCACUCUAAAUAUUGCCGAGAAACUAGAAGACAGUUUGGUGUGGAACCCUGGGACGAUCUCUCAGAUGCUCUCUAUACCUGGGAAAAGAGAAAGAAUCUGGUCAUCGAGUUACUGCCCUUUUUGCAAAGAAACUUUCCUCAUCUCCAAACCCACCCCAGGCAUGGAGAAUAGCUGUCCUCAAGAAUCUCUGUCUUUGGAUCUUAGAAUGUGCCUAUGGACCCCUAACUGUUCUUUCUGGCUUCAAAAUCCACAUCUACAAGCUCACUUCCAGCAGACACUAGUGAGAUCCAUGGAAGACAGCUGUUUAUGUGCUAUAUCUCUCUGUGCUUUGCAAGAACUGAAUUUCACUUGCUCUGAUACCCUAUUGAAGCUGUCUGGUCGGAUGCUGACCACAUCACCCGAAGAGCGGCAGCUCCUUAUCCAAUGGCAACAGAAUUUCUCCUUAAGUUCCCACCCAUUUUCUGUGGAUGGGAUAUUCCUCAGAACUAAUGCACCCUGCGCACCUUCCAGUGAAGUGGUACCAAUAUCUAAAGCUUCAUUUCAAGCUUGGAAAAUUGCUUUUUUGAUCUUGGGUUCCAUUUCGUUCAUACUACUGUUAAUCGGUGGAGCUGUCUAUUGUAUAAAAAGACCGCAGAAUUACAACAACAUUGAACUGAGCGAUCGCUGUGAGAUUAUUUCAGCCAUUUGACUACCAGGAAGCGCCUCCGUAAAGAAAAAGGCUAUUUGGGAUCUAAGGAAGAGGUAAAUCUCAGAAGAACGUUCCAGCCAACUGACCACAGUGUAAAACGGAUCAAAUUCCUGGAGUAUUUAUGUUGAGGAUGUUGUUUUUCUGCUCUCCCAUGGAGUGUGAGAAAACCUACCUCUUCGUUUCUACAAGCAUCUCUCACUGCCAGGUUGAGUGAAAAAAUUGGUGGGGGUGCCAUGAUAUUUUCCACACCCACCAUAAAAAUAAAAAAUAAAUGUGUAGCCAAAGUGAUUAUUUCCUCCCCCUAAUUUGUCAGUGGGGGUUAAAGUGCUUUGCUCAUCACAAUCAGAGAAAAAAGAAAGGGAGAGAGAGAGAGAGAAAGAAAGUAAGAAGAAAAACGAGAGA